AUGCAAGAUAAACGAUAUUGGUUUCUGUAUAAAAAAAUUACCGAAUUUAAAGAUGUUAUUAACAAAAAGAGAGAUGACUUUAAAAAAUGCUGGAAUAAUAUGAUGGCAAGAAUGUUUGAGCCUAAAAGGAAACGCAUAGACACUGAUAAUGUUGGAGAUGUUGAAUCGUGCUACCGCCGACUAUAUUAUCAGAUUUUAGACCAAAUAUACCAACAAAUGGAAAAUAGGUUUGAGAAUUUUGAUGACCUAGACUUUCUUGAACUGUGUAAUUUUAAUGCAUUUAAAAAGACACAUUUUCCUGAAAAACAAAUAAAAUCUUUGAAAUGUCUUUAUGGACAAUAUUUUGAUUUGAUUUCAUUACGUUCUGAGCUAACAGCUUUAUACAAAACUGAAGACAUUGAUACAACAAAGAAUGCCAACAAAAGCAAUAAUACUUUUGAUGACAGUGAUCUAUUUAGUGUUGAUGAGCCAUAUGCACAUUCAGGUUCCAGUUACAAUCCUUCUGAAUGUAAAUGCAUGAUAUGA